CAUGCGUGUACGUGUGUGAUUUUAAGUUGGUUGACGCGUUAUCGUCGCUCGUUCGUCGGCGAGUGAGACACGGCGCGUCGCUUUAAUACCUCGAGACUUCGCAAACAAGGUUGAACGUAACACAGUCGAUCUGCGAAAGAAAAAGGCUCUCGCAAUCGCGCUUCAAGGUUCGCGUUCUCAUUUCACUCCGCUAUGUAUACUAUUCACCGGAACUAGACGAGUAAUUCGCGUUGUUGUGUUCGCCAGGUGUCACCAGGUGAAUGUGCCUUCGCGUAUCGCGUUACCUUCCCGAGGAAAAAGUCGCGUCAACAAAGUGUGCAAAGUAUCCCGCAAAAUUCUGUCAAAACUGUAUGUGUGCUGUGUGUGUGUGUGUGUGUGAAUUGUGCGUGAAUAUAUAUUGUGAACAUUUAUACGCGCGCGAGUUUUUCGGAUGUGUCGCGAAGAGACGCGAGUGACAGCGCGAAUUAAAAUCCUGGAUCGUCAACGCGAGAUCUCGUCGCGUCGAUUAACGGUAAUUGAAUCGAAACGAGGACGAGAAGACGAAGCGAUCGAAAGUGACAAGAAGAGAAAAGUGAAACGAACAAGAAGGAAAGAAGCGAGCGAGCUGUUAUCGAUCGAUAGAUCUCGCUCGUUUCUGCGGAUUCUCAUGAACAUUCUGCUUUUCCCGGAAAGAAAACUCUAAAGAAAGAGAAAGGAAGAGAGAGAGAGAGAGAGAGAGAGAAAAUCUCCGAUACUUCGCUGCGCGAGGAAUGCGCUCGUGUAAGCGAAUUUGCGAAGAGCAUUUUUUUCCUUUUUUUUGGAGUAAACAUUUCACGAAGUUAGCCGUGGCGAAAAGAUGAUUUACAGGAGAAACGCGUGGAAGCGUCGGAUAGUGUAGCGCGAUUUUCACGCGAUUGUCCGCUCAAACGAUUUGCUUUAUAGUCUUCCUGCGUCUCUUCCUUUUUUGACGUCUCAUUUUUAUUUUCGAAGUUGCGAGUAUUUUUUGUUUGUUUGCUCGUCUGUGGAAUAACAGAAGAAAAAACAUCAAGUUUUGCUCUUCAAACGUUAUAGACGCGUAUUAGCAAUAAAAGAGUGGAAAAGGCAAGAGGUGAACAGUGGAAAGAAACGAGCAUUCUCUGCGGAAUGCGAGCGGCAAGUGCGCGCGAGACGAAGACUCCGCGUCGCGGACCAUCGCGAUCGACGUAAGCCGCGGCGGAGGCUUUUUUACUCGCAGCGGUUACAGGAGCAAAGAAGCGAGCGGCGACGGCGGAGUGGAACGGAGGAAGGGGGAAAGAAGGAAGAGGUCAACGUCGUGUGCAGCGGCGGAGCAAGAGGAUGGAGCAGCAACCGGCCUCUGCGAGGACGCGCAUCCUCCUUGCCGGUGUUGUUUGCCUCGUUUGGAUCAUCGGCGGCAUCUGCGCCACAGAACCACUUCAGGAACCACGUUUCACGAAUCAACCGUCAAGCAGUGGCAAUAUUCUCAGCGAGAAUCGCACAAAAUUUUUGCAAUGUCAAGCAAGAGGCAAUCCUCAGCCAAAGUACAAAUGGUUCAAAGACGGAAUACCUCUCAGCAAUGAGUUGACGUCAGGACCUUACUUCCGUAUUCAGAGUACGCGACGAGAGGAUGCUGGAGUAUAUCACUGCGUCGCGACGAACGACGUCGGAUCUAUAUUCAGCGAUCGUCUCGUCUUCGCUGUAGCUUAUAUGGGAGUAUUCGACGAUCUCACGGAAAAAGUGGUGACGGUCGAGUCGGGUAGCGCCGCGAUUCUGGAACUACCUCCUAUCGAAAGUCAUCCCGCUCCCGAAGUUACGUGGUUCUCCUCAGACGGUACUACACCUUUGUACGGCAUCAAAUACGCCACGACGCAACACGCGUUGCUCAUUCUGAAUGCUCAGGAGAGCGACGAAGGCACCUAUAGAGCGAGAGCCAUUAACACACAAUUGGGUAAAGAAGAGAACAGUCCAUUUUUCAAGCUGCAGGUAACCGGCGAUCCAAAUGCGGAAGUAGCCCCUACUAUAAUAGUCAAACCGCAAGAUACACAGAUAAUUAAGGAUCAAGAUGUCACGUACAUAAAUUGCAUCGCAAAUGCCAGAUCGCUUCAUGAGCUAAGAACCCUGUGGAUGAAAGACGGCAUUCCGAUCGAGAAUUCUAGGAUAUCGUAUAGCUUCAACGAUUCGUGGAACAGGACACUCGCAUUGAUCUCGGCAAACAUAACUUACACAGGGAUUUAUUCUUGCCAUGUGGAUCUGAGAAGCGGUGGUUAUCCGACCGUGAACGCGAGCGCCAAGGUUGUUGUAUAUGAAAAACCAACGUUUAUAACGGAGUUAAAAAGGGAGACUCUAAGUGAUUACGGAUCUACAGUAACAUUACCGUGUGACGUUAACGGCGUGCCGCCUCCAACAAUCAGUUGGUUCCGUAAUGCCGAACCUGUUGAUAAUUUACUAGGAAUCAGAUACAUAAUGGAGGAGGACGGCUCGUUGACGAUCAAAAAACUGACUAUGGAUGACUCAGGAAUGUUUCAGUGCCUCGCGUCAAAUGAAGCUGGUGAAGCAUCCAGUUACACAUGGCUGAAAGCGAAAAAAGAAGGAUUAGGGAGCGGAUUGAGAAACAGAGUUGCUCGCUGGGCGGCUGGCUAUAAUGUAGUCAGAGUUCGCCAAUCUGACCGCCAUUUUUUGUUCUCUCAAUAUCCAAACAGUAAGAACAUUGCAUCCGGACCGAUCAUGGAAAACGGUCCGCAGAAUUUAACGGUAUUAGAUGGUAGGGACGCAACUUUGAGUUGCAACGCAGUAGCGGCGCCGAAACCGAAUACAACUUGGUACUACAACGAUACAAUACCUGUGGAAAUUGCCGGUAGGGUACAAGUUUUGGACAACGGCGAUCUUUCUAUCGCGGCGGCUAAGCCAAACGAUGCGGGAAAGUAUACCUGCAUCCGUGCGAAUGAAGCUGGUUCUGUUAAUGGUUCAGCAUUUUUAACUGUUAUGGUUCGGACACAAAUCAUUCAACCACCUGUUGAUACGUCCGUGUUACUCGGAAACACAGCCGAAUUACAGUGCAAAGUUUCAAACGAUCCCAACGUCGUAUAUGAUAUAGCGUGGUUUCACAACUCUCAAGUAAUCAACACCCAGGCGAGUCAGAGAGUGAAGAUGCGUCCGGAUGGAACUCUUGAAAUUGCUGCCGUUCGUGCUUCCGACGUAGGGAACUACACGUGUUCCGUAGUGUCACCGGGUGGCAACGAGACGCGAUCCGCUCUUCUGAGCGUGGUCGAAUUGCCGUUCGCGCCGAUCAACGUUGUGGCCACACGUGUCGAACGGAUCUCACCACGGACGAUCAACGUCACGUGGGUGCCCGGAUUCGACGGCAAUAGUCCUACAAAGAAAUUCAUAAUCCAAAGCCGAGAAGUAUCUACUUUAGAACAAGUAUCUGAUCCAUUAUUAAUAAAUUGGACGGAAUGCAAAAAUGUGUCCUCGACGGAACGAUGGGUAUUGGUGGACAAUUUGAAAGCCGCGGCGGCUUUUCAAUUUCGUGUUAGCGCCGAAAAUAGCGUCGGCGUAGGUCCAUCAUCAGUUCCCAGCAAUAUUAUCGUCCUGCCUCAAGAACGACCUAGCGGCCCGCCCGUAGGUUUUGUCGGCUCAGCACGUUCAACAUCAGAAAUAAUCACGCAGUGGCAGGCACCAUUAGAGGAAUAUCGAAACGGCCAUAUUUUAGGAUAUAUAUUGCGAUACCGAUUGUUCGGGUACAAUGACAGUCCGUGGACGGUGCAAAAUAUCACUAACGAAUCGCAAAGAAAUUAUCUUAUCACCGAUUUGAUCACCUGGAAGGAUUAUAAAAUAGAAAUAGCAGCUUACAACGAAAUAGGUGUAGGCGUAUUUACCGAUCCAGGCUUGAAGAUAAAAACCAAGGAAGGAGUUCCGGAAGCACCGCCUAUCAAUGUAAGAGCGGAGGCGAUUAAUUCAACGGCGGUAGAAGUUUGGUGGAAACCACCGAAUCCGCAAAAAAUCAACGGAAUAAAUCAGGGAUACAAAUUGCAAGCUUGGAUCGGUGAUAAUUUUACAGAAGCAACCGAAUAUAAAUCGAUGACCGUUCCGCCGAGUUUAUUUGAUCCGCUCGCCGAGCAGAACGCUAUAAUGACGGGUUUGAGAAAGUACACUUUAUAUAACAUUACAGUACUUUGCUUUACUGAUCCAGGUGAUGGCGAAAGAAGCUCGCCUGUUGAAGUUCGCACUCAAGAAGACGUGCCCGAUGAAGUAGAGAACUUGCAAUUUGAAGAUAUCAGUGAUCGUGCGCUGACGGUUAAGUGGAGUUCUCCCAAAGAAACCAACGGAAUAUUAACACAUUAUCAAUUAAAGUACAUGAUCAAAAAAGUUCCGGAUUCUUUACAUGUCGAGAAUUUCACAGCUGAUGUACUGUCGGUCAAAGUAGAGCAUCUUCAGGCAAUGACUCACUACACGUUUGAAGUCACCGCUUGGACAUCGGUUGGAUCAAGCAAUCCAAAAGUGGCUACCAUACAAUCGGGUGUGGAACCCGUGCUGCCAGAACCACCCACAAAACUGGCGUUAUCUAACAUAGAUGCGUUUUCCGUUGUGUUACAAUUCACACCAGGAUUUGACGGCAACUCAUCCAUCACGAAAUGGACGGUGCAGGCACAAACGGCGCGAAACUCGACGUGGUACAACAUUUACGAGGUGUCCGAUCCCGACGCCAGUACCAUUACCGUUGACGGUUUGAUUCCCUUCAUGCAAUACAAACUUCGUUUGAUCGCGAAUAAUGUUGUUGGUGCCUCGCAGCCCUCCGAGCCAACCAAAGAGUUUCAAACGAUUCAGGCACCACCCUCUCAUCCUCCGAAAAAUGUCACUGUGCGCGCGAUGAGCGCUACCGAGUUACGCGUCAGAUGGAUUCCAUUGCAACAAAUAGAAUGGUAUGGAAAUCCACGCGGAUACAAUGUUACAUAUACAGAAGUGCGAUCGAACAUUUCGAAGAGUAUUACCAUCGAAGAUUCCACCGCUAAUUCGUACGUUCUCGAGAAUAUGGAGGAAUACGCCGAUUACGAAAUAGUAAUGCAAGCGUUCAAUGACGUUGGAUCUUCGGCAGCGAGUCCGAAGGCCGUCGAACGAACUCGCGAGUCAGUUCCUUCUCUGGGACCGAUCAACGUAGAGGCGAACGCGACGUCUUCGACAACUAUCUUAGUGCGAUGGGGUGAUGUGCCUGUGGAACAUCAAAACGGACAGAUCGAGGGUUUUAAAGUCUACUACAGCGCAAAUUCCCGAUCGCCUUUUCAGUACAAGAACAUUCCUAGCAAUAGCACUUUUACAACCACCUUAACGGAACUUCGCAAAUUUGUGCAGUAUCACAUACAGGUUCUGGCUUACACAAGACUCGGUGACGGUGCACUGAGUUCUCCACCCGUCAGAGUACAAACUUUUGAAGACACUCCUGGUCCACCGUCUAACGUAUCUUUUCCUGAUGUGAGCUUCACCACAGCGCGCAUCAUCUGGGAUACCCCAGAAGAUCCUAACGGAGAGAUUCUCGCGUACAAGGUCUUGUUUCAUCUGAACAACAGUCAAGAUCGUCAGUUUUCUAAAGAAUUUCCAGCGUCGGACAGAACAUUCAGAGCUACCGGACUUGAAUCCGAAAAAUAUUACAUGUUCUCUGUUACGGCACAGACGAAGUUGGGUUGGGGUAAGACGGCUUAUGCGCUUGUAUUUACCACAAAUAACAGAGAACGUCCACAAGUACCGUCGGUGCCUCAAGUGAGCAAAUCGCAGAUUCAAAGUCGUCAGAUAACUUUCAGUUGGACGCCGGGCAAAGACGGUUUCGCACCCUUAAGAUAUUACACGGUACAACAAUCGGAAAAUUCUGGACCUUUUCAAACCAUUCCCGAGAGAGUCGAGCCCACUUUGACGUCUUAUACGGCCAACAAUUUAAAGCCUUACACUUUCUAUCAAUUUCGUAUUCAGGCCACUAACGAUAUAGGUCCUUCAGAUUGGAGUAACGAAUCCGCUCAAGUGCAAACUCUGCCUGCAGCGCCAUCAAAAGGCGUCACCGGUUUAAAAGUAGUGCCGAUAACAACGUCUAGCGUCGAGGUUCAUUGGAACAUGAUCGACGAAGUACAUUGGAGCGGCGAUUACGAAACUGGUGGUUAUCGUGUCGUGUAUCAACCGGUAUCGAAUUUUCCGACUCCGCUAGAAACAACACCAAAAAAAGAGAUUCUAGGAAUUAAGAAAACCAAAAUGGUUUUGAGUGACUUAACAGAGAAUCAGUAUUACGAGAUUAUAGUGCUGCCGUUUAACUCGGAAGGUGAAGGUCCACAGAGUCCACCAGUCACCGUUUAUGUCGGAGAAGCUGUUCCUACGGGAGAGCCGCAACAUCUACACGCUGAGUCCAUCUCUUCUACGGAAGUUCGUUUACGUUGGAAACCUCUGCAAGCCAAUAUGCAAAAUGGCGACUUAUUAGGAUACAAAAUUUUUUACCUGGUGACCGAUUCACCUCAAGAGUUAGAGAAAAAACAGGAAGAAGAGAUAGAAGUUGUUCCAGCGUCUUGUUUGACGCAUAGUUUAGUCUUCUUGGACAAAUAUACCGAGUAUCGUAUACAAGUUUUAGCGUUUAAUCCGGCCGGAGAUGGUCCGCGAACUCCGCCAAUCACCGUGAGAACAAAACAGGACGUACCGGGGCCACCGCAUAAUUUGCACUUUACUGAAAUUACCAUGACGAGUUUACGUGUCUCUUGGGAAUCGCCAAAGUUACGCAACGGCAAGAUUGUCGGUUAUCUCGUCACGUACGAAACAGCAGAACAAAACGAUCGUUUUAGCAAACAAGUGAAGCAAAAAGUGACGGAGACAAGUCUUCUCAUUCAACCGCUGGAAGAGGAAGUGACAUAUACUUUUAUGGUUCGCGCUCAAACAAUCGACUUCGGACCACCGAUAUCUGGAAACGUUUCAACCGGUCCGCAAGAAGGUUCGCCGAUGGCACCCAGCAAUCUCGGCGUGUCCAAGACUGUUUCUAGCGUAGAACUGCAAUGGACCAACGGAGCUUCCGGCAAGGGUCCUAUUCUUGGUUAUUAUAUCGAGACUCGUCGUAAAGACGAUUCACGUUGGCAGACAAUAGGUCGUACUAGCAACGGGCUCUUAACAGAGUACAGCGUAUCGUAUCAAAAUUUACUACCAUCCACGUCGUAUCUAUUCAGAGUGAUAUCGUACAAUCGUUAUGGAAUCAGUUAUCCAGUCUAUUCUUCCGAAACGAUUUUGACGCCAUCGAAGCUGUACUUGGAAUACGCGUAUCUGCAACACAGACCGUUUUAUAGACAAACUUGGUUUAUGGUCACUUUGGCUGCUACUUCCAUUAUAAUAAUUAUCACGAUCAUAGCGGUGUUGUGCGUAAAGAGCAAAAGUUACAAAUAUAAACAAGAGGCACAAAAGACUCUCGAAGAGUCAAUGGCGAUGGACGACAGGCAGGAGUCGGAUUUCGAAUUGUACAGAUCGCGUCAGGGUGGAGGCGGCACCGCCAAUGCGGCAAGUGGCACUUUGGGCAAGAGGAACACACUGGCUCGUAAGGCUAUGCAUCCUCCGCCACCAGCGAUGUUAGGCAAAUCGCCUCCCCGACCUUCUCCCGCGUCGGUUGCUUAUAACAGCGACGAGGAAAGCCUCAAGGGAUACGACGAGAAUCCUGACGACAGUAGCGUUACGGAAAAACCUUCGGAGAUCAGUUCUACCGAUUCUCAGGGUUCGGAGAGCGAGAACGAGAGUGUACAAUCCGAUCCACAUUCCUUCGUGAAUCACUACGCUAAUGUAAACGAUUCGUUGAGGCAGUCAUGGAAACGACAGAAACCCGUUCGGAACUACUCGUCGUACACAGAUUCCGAGCCAGAAGGCAGCGCGGUCGUUAGUUUAAACGGCGGCCAAAUCAUCAUGAACAAUAUGGCUAGAUCGAGAGCGCCACUGCCAGGUUUCUCAUCGUUUGUUUAAUUAAAAAUAGUUAAAAUUUAUAGUAAAACAUAAAAAAGACUUGUAUAUGAAUAUCGAUAUCAAAAAAUUAUCGUCUCCACGAUAUCUCACUCUCUUCAAACGAGAUAUCCGUUUUUUUUUUUUUAAUUUUUUUUAUAGAGCGAAAGACUUACGUCGAGAACACGUGAGUUUUUACACGUGUUAACGGCACAGACUUAUAGCAAAUUAGGAAGCUUGAAAGGCAUCUUCGUAUUGUGAUAUAUUGAUAAACCUUUUUAUAUUAUUUAUAAACUUUCGAUACGACACUUUGCAUUUUACUAGGUAUUUUUGUACUUUCUAAGAUUUAGCUUUUAAGAAUCAUCAAAUAUUACACGGAUCUCGAACGUUGCGUCAAAGGUGUUUAAUAAUAAUAGAUAUGUUUAUAAUACGACUUGUAAGAAAGAAGAACGUCGUCACUCCCUACUUAUAAAUUACAUAAGUGUCACGGGAUUUUUAGUUUAUCGCACAGUGAUACUUAAAAAUCGUGUUUUUUAUGGUUAUCAAAUAUUGAAAAAAAAAAAAAUAUUCAUAAGGUAAAAAUUUGAAAUCAAAAGAAUCCCUUAACUAGAGAAACAUAUAAAGUUUUAAAUUUUUAAACUGUUGUCUUCUAACAUUUGCAAUUUGGAGUUACGGGAUUAUACGUAGAGAAUGACGGUUUGUAAUAUUACGCGAUAUAGGUUUUAGAAACAAAAAAAAAAAAAAAAAAAAAAAAAAAAAAAAAAAAA